AUGGCCGAUUACGACUCUGACUCGUCAGAUGGCGAGUUUGCUGAGACAAAUGUUCUUCUAGGCUAUGCCUCGAAAGAUGCCGAUGAAGAUACCAUAAGCCGCAUCGGUGGCCGUCCGGUAAGCUCUCUUUCCCUCUGCUGCUCCUGCCCCUCCAUCCCACCACUGCCCUCCAAAGUGCUGACCACGCCGCUUGUCUUGUUCCAGGAAUGGCUCGACGCGGACAAGGCCCCAUCGGCGGCGCUGGCCCGGUGCAAGGUCUGCAAGGACCUCAUGGUCCUGCUGCUGCAGCUCAACGGAGAGCUGCCCGAGCGCUUCCCCAACCACGACCGCCGCAUAUACGUAUUUGCCUGCCAGCGCGCAAGCUGCCGCCGCCGCGAGGGCAGCGUGCGCGCUCUGCGUGGCGUCCGCGUCUGGAAGGACGACGGCUCUGCGGCGACGGAGAAGAAGAAGAGGGAAAGGGAAGAGGAGGAGAAGGAGGCAAGGAAGCAGGCGGAGGAAAAGCGAAUGGAGUCAGAGCAGCCCAAGCCGCGCCUUGGCGAUGCCCUUUUUGGGGGUGGACCGCCGACGACGGGGAGCGUGAACCCGUUCUCGUCGAAUGCGAAUCCGUUCAGCUCUUCUUCUAACGGCGCUGUCAGCACCAACCCGUUCAGUGCAGCAAACCCGUUCUCUUCCCAACCGGCCACCGCCGCGCCUGCCCCGACGACCAAUACGAAGAUGACCGCCACACCGGCUAAAGACGGCAAGGACCUGCCCAAGACCUUUGCCGAGACGCUUUCCAUAGAUUCCCCCAAGACGGACGCCAUCCGGCCCCCAGCCUCGGAGCCGUGGCCCACCGCGGCGCAGCAGCCCAUGCCGUACCCCACGCUAUACCUCGCCGACGCCGACUACGAAACACUAGAGCCGGAGCCGGCCGACAUGCCGCUCCCCGCUAACGCGCGCAUCGAAGACGCCGACGCGCCUGAGACGACGUCUGCUGCGGACAGGGAGGCCUUUGAGAGCGCUAUGGACACGACAUUUCAAAAGUUCGCCGACCGCCUCGCACAGAACCCGGAGCAGGUCAUCCGGUACGAGUUUGGCGGCACGCCGCUGCUGUGCUCCAAGACGGACGCCGUCGGCCGCACGCUGCUGCCGGCCGGCGGCGGGCGGGGAAUGCCGCGGUGCGGCGGGUGCGGCGGGCGCAGGACGUUCGAGGUGCAGCUGACGCCGCACGCCAUCGCGGAGCUCGAGGCCGAGGAGGAGGGCGCGGGCUUCGAGGGCAUGGAGUGGUGCACGGUGGUGGUGGGCGUUUGUGAGAGGGACUGCGUGCCGGGGUACCUCGCGGAAGGCGAGGCCGGGUAUCUCGAGGAGUGGGCGGGCGUGCAGUGGGAAGAGGAAGGGGAGAAGAAGUGCUAA